CCCUACACUCCAGCUCUGCCCUCGAGGCCCUCCUGCCGCUGCCCGCCCUCCCUCUCUCAGCCUGGUACUGCUGAGCCCGCUCUGUGCCAGCCACCGUGCUGGGCACGCAGGCCUGGGGACAAAGCCCCCCGGGGCCUGCCUUCACGAUGCGUCUGUCCAGGGUUGCCCUGACCCCACCUGCCCACUGUGGAUUUCAGGAGGACAGGGAGGAAUCGUUUCUGCUUGGUCUCCGGACAGGUUAAAUGGAACUGCCUUCAGCAGAGGCAGCCCCAGCCCUCCGCGACCCGGGGAUCCGGGGGUGCGGGGUGAGGGGGACAUGAAAAUAACCACCGCUGGGCAUCUGGCCCAGGUGCGCACCUUUGCAGGCGGAGGCACCCUCGGAUGGCGGGGCCGUCGAGGCCAGGGCGCAUUUGCGGGGCCUGAGCGCGCACAGGCCCUGCUGAGGCCAAGCGCCUGCCCCGGCCGCCGUCGCCCACGGUGGCCGGCAGGCCCUCCUCCGACUGCACACCGCGAGGCUGACCCUGCCCACCCGGAGGCGGCGGCGGGGGCCCGGCUGAGCGCCGAGGGCCGGGGGCGCCCCCUGGUGGUCGAGCCCCUCCGGUACUCCUCACGGCCGCUUUCAACGCCGCCCCACUGCCCUCCUCACAGCAGCAGCCAGCGAGGAACUCACUCCGGACCCCAGCAACCUCCUGCGCGGCCCACGCCUCACCCCCGCUCACUCCUACGGUCUCGUCCCUAUGCAGCCGCCAAGGGGGUCUUUUAAAAUGUUAACCACGUCUGGUCACUCGGUCUGAUAAGCUUAAACCCCUCAAGGGACUUCCCUGGUGGAUCCACGGGCUAAGACUCCCAAUGCAGGAAGCCGGGGUUCGAUCCCUGGUCAGGGAACUAGAUCCUGCAAACUGCAAUGAAAGACCCUGCCUGCUGCAGCUAAGACCCGCCACAGGCAGAUAAAGAGAAACUUUUAAGAUAAAUAAAAAUAAACUCUCAAA